AUGACUUGCAUCCUGGCAGAAGACCGCAGAGGCUACAACUUGCACCGCAAGUCGGACAGGUGGAGGCUGUCAUGGAAGCAGAAGCUCGCUGACACGUUGAUCAAGGCAGGCCAGGAGACCUUGGAUUCGAGGCUCCGGCGCGGUCUGGUUUGGCCUUUGGUGAAGGGCAUCCUGAACUUCAAAGGAGGCCUUUCGAGUGAGAUGCUGGCCUGGGCUUUUGAGCACGAAGACGGGAAGAAUCCAUUUUGCCAGAUGGCGUCGGAAGAACGAAAGAAACGAAACGAGCUUUUGGAGCACUUCGCGCACCUGCUUGUCAGUGGCGCUGCGGAGAGCGACAAGAAACCGGAUGAGGGCUCGGCUCUCGUGCUUGAAGGCUUGAGCCAGCUCAUCCAGAAGGCGAUCGUGGCAACAACAAUGGCUGAUUGCGGGAUGUUCGACAACGUGACGGACAGCAGACGCCUCAAAUGGGACACCAACUUUACGUGGCCGCCGGUGGUUUUGAACUCCUUCGAGCUAUUGGCUCAAGCUCCAGCGAGCCCACGAGAACGAUACUUCGUCCAGUCCUUGGUCGAUCUGUUCCAGGACUAUGUGAAGAAGACGGGCGUAGACCUUGCCAACUCCGAGAUCCCACCAGAAAUGGAGAGGCUGUGGUCCAUGUUGCACAAGGACGGGGUGACUUCAGAGGAGGGCCGAGUGUUCGCUAGGGCCGAAGAGCAGGUCAGGAGCUUUUCGCCAAAUGCCACGAGGCCAAUGUCCUGCCAAUGCCACCAUGUUGCCGCGGCCAUGGCCUCCGCGAUGGGCAAACACCUGAAAGAGGUGGGCUUCGAUCCAUCCAGUGCCGAAGCUGACUGGGUGUGGAAGGCGACGGAUGUGUCUGAAAUGCUGGACCUCUUCACCCUCACAGAGGCUGGUUUGGAGGAUCCCAACCUCUCGUUCCUCUACCUGCUGGGCGAGGCAAAUCAUCUCAAGCACUCCCCUGUGGAAGAGGGCGAGCAGCUGUCAGAAGAGUCCGUGCAAAGGUCGAUGAUCAAAGGUGUUCUCGUGGGCUUGCCCAUGAUCCAGAACUACUUGGCGCACUUGGACAUCAAGCAUGGCGGUGGCGACGACAUCAAACAGAAUUACGCUGCAAAAGAGAAGUGGUUCCUCUUCUUAAACAUCGCCUGGGCAGUCUUUCAUGAGAACGAGCAGGUGGGCAUCGGUGAAUUGCAGCGUGUCUCGCUCCAGCACCGGCAGCAAAACGUUGCUUUCGGCCUAUUGGUGUCUGCCUUUUCCGUUCUGUCGAGCUUCAGCUGGGAUGGUAUCAACUUCAAGGAGACAAACACAGAGGCCUUCAACGACUACAAUGUUGCCUUGUACACCGUAUGGAACUAUCGCUGGGUCAGGGCCCUGUUCGAACCCCGGCGCCUACAGUACCACUUCUGGAACGCCUUGGGGCUUCCGAUGCUCGAGGCCCUUGGCAACCAGGGAAGCUCUGCCUACUGGGUGAACUACCGGCGCGACGGCCUGAUGGCCAGCUUGAUCAACCUUUCUCCUCUGCCAGAGGCGAGUCAGGCGUCUGUCCUGUCGCCGAGGCUGGAAUCCGGGGGAGGUGGAGACGCCGGCGCCGGUGGGAGCCAAAGAAGCGGUGCAGGCGCCGACGGCUUCCAAGCUUCCUCAGCCACUGCACAGCUCUUCCUGGGCUACCUCUCCGCGCUGUUCAUUGCGCUGCGCAGUGGCGUGUCCAGCGCCAAACCAGGCAAGGAUCAGGACCUCCCCUUGUGGGCAGAGCCGCCACCCAUGCCCAGUGUUGCCGCUCCGCAGUCGCUGGUGCUCCCACGUCGCUCGCUGUCCUUAAACGUCUUGGAUGGCUACGACACUCUCAAGCUCGCCCUGAGGCUCCUGCUGUCCACGGUGGGUCAGCGAGAGGCGGCCUCGUCUAGUCGCCGGCUGCUGGAGGUCUCGACCAUACAGGAGCUGAGCAUCUGUACGCAUGUUGGGCUUUACCAUACCAUCCGGCGGCGGGAUCUCAGCGAGCGCACGCUGAAGCUGACGAUUACCGCCAUUUUUCAGGUGGGCACAGCCUUCUUGAGCUUGGAAGCUGACGACGGAGGUCCCGUCGUUUCCAUCGGCUGGCCGGUUCGGCUCAUCGAGGCGCUCUUGGCCCGCAGUGAUGCCGAGCCCCAGCUGCUUGUUCCCAACUCUCGGCUCUGCAUGGAGGCCGUUCGCAACUUCGUGGUCGAGACAUCGCACAGAAGUCUCGCACUUCCGGAUUUGUGGCGUGCAAUGCUGCAGCUGCUGUUUCGCGCAGCUCCGACCACCUCCAGGGCGCUGUGGCCCAGUGCAAAAGACAAGGAGGUGGAGGCCGUCCAGCUCCUCAUUUGGAGAAGAGGAUUGGUUUGGCUUCUCGCCCACCCGCAGCUGCACGACGGGGACACAGCCGGUGAGGACGGCGCAGGAAGCCCCAGUGACUCGGAAGCCAACUCGUUUUGGGGGUGGGCCUUGUCCGAGCUGACGACGUUGGCUCAGGAGAUGGCCGGAAACCGGGGUACCGGAUCCAUCCGGCUGUUGCUCUAUGCCUACAGGACACUCCUGCAUAACCUCGCCCGUCCCGUGAGUGCAGCAGAGUACGCGCGAGAUGAGCCGAGUGAGCUCCAGGAGGAUUGCCUCAGUGAAGCCGCGGACGUCACGGGUGCAGGCCCUUGUGCUACUGGCCAAGACCUCAGCCGCGCCUCGAAAGCCGCGGCCUGGUCACGUGUCGCUGUCGCCAUGAUAAACUUUGUGGGGCCAGCCGUCGGCAGGCCCAACGCAGAAGAACCAGAUCUCCAGGUUUUGCCGCUGUUGAAGCAGUCCCUGCUCCAUGCUCGCAUUCCGUCGCUUCUCGCCUCCGGAAAUCACGGGCCAUUCUGGGCGAGGUCCGUGCUCGAAAAGCUUGUGUCUGUCCUGACGGGUCCCGUCACAUCAGGGGCACCAUUGACGGUUGUCCGAGAGGCGGUCUCGCUUGUGUCCAAGUUCUUCCUGCAGAAUCUGCAGACGUUGCAGAGGCACGAAAGCUUCGGGCAACUCUGGCUUAUGGUGCUGAGACUGAUGCUCCAGUUCAUAAAGCGCGGUUCCGACGACCGCGAUGCCGAGUUGGAGGAAGUGUCCACCGAGAACCUCAAAAACCUGUUGGGCGUCCUUGUCAGCACUAGUGUCCUUGGCUUCGUUUCGCCGAAGGCGGCGCAGCCGAGCGACGUGGCCGCUCGACCGGUGUGGUGGCAGAUGACCUGGGACUGCAUCGAGGUGUUCAUCCCGGGCUUUGGCGAGGACUUCAGCAGGUCCGUGCUGGGCACUGGAGCUGCAGAGGUUCUGAGUCAGCGACAUGCUCUCGUUGACCUGUGCCUGAUGCGAGGCCUGCUCCAUACCGUAGCCUCCAGCCAUGUGCCGUUCAAAAGAGGCUUGGGAACAUUUCAUCUUCGUACCUUGCUUGCCGAAGUCAGUGACCAGGGCAGCCAAAAGAAGACUCUCGGCGGCUUUCUGCAGUGCAGCACCAUCUCUUGCCGCUCCACGGAGAAGUCCUCGUACACUUUCGAGGAUGCUGCACUCGCCCUGGGCCUGACGGCCGGCCUUGGCGCAGCCGCCGCGAGCACGGCCUUAGCGCCGGGGGCUGCGCUGCUGAAGAUGGCCAUGAUGAUCCCGACGCCGCCACCGCCAUCGCUCGCACCGCCAGCACCUCCACUUGCGGCUGCAACGCAGGGCCGGACAAACGCCCUAAUUCCAGCACAGACGCCGCCUGGGCCACCGCAGUUCAGCCUCCUUGACGCUUUGCUCCCGAACUUCAAUACCGAUACCUUCAUCUGGCGAGUGUCAAUGCUGCAGAUCACGGAGUACAUCGGCUCCCUCUUGCUCGGAAGCGCUUACGGGUCUCCGAAGCUUUGCUCCUUGUACCUGCUGGGCGCCUCCUGGGGCCCGGCCAUUGCUCAGGGAGCCGUUUGGCGGCUGAUGCUGCCGAUGAUGUUGCAUGCAAAUGCACUGCACAUCUUCUUCAACCUCUUCUUCCAGAUGCGCAUCGGCUUUGGGAUGGAGAAGCAAUUCGGGCGGCGGAAGUUCUGCCUCCUCUACAUGUUCUGUGGCUUCCUUGGGAACCUGAUCUCCGUAGCGGUGGACCCCAUGAAGCUGGCGGUGGGAGCCUCGACCAGUGGCUUCGGGCUCCUGGGAGUUUGGGCAGCAGAGGUUCUCUUGACAUGGGACCUGCUGGGUGAGAGCCGCUCCAGGGUCUUCUUGUGGUUCGCCUUCAUGGUUACAAGCUGCAUCAUGAUGUCCACCAUCUCUCCCAAUGUGGAUUUCGUUGGGCACUUCGCCGGGAUGCUUGCUGGCUUCCUCCUCGCCAUCAUCCUUGCAGACAUGCAGGAGGAGCAUCAACCCGCAUGGUACGACAAGGCCAAGAUGACGGCCAAAAAUAUCACGGCGCUGAUCGUCAUCGCUUCGCUCGUUCGGGCCAUCACCCUGGGCCCAGAUGGGCCCAUCCCCUACUGCGGGACCAUCUUUCAUCCGCGCCGCUUGCCCUUCUGA